GCGGUCUUUGUGCAGUACAGUCACUGUGUGUUAUUAACUAGUAUUUCCUUAAUGAUAUCAAUUAAUUAGUGCCCAGGAAAGUCAUUGCACCUCCAAUUAUAGAAGCCAACAAAAACUCCACAAAACCCGGAACAGCCGUAGACAAUGAAGUGUUAAAGAAAAACUAUGGGAGCCAGAAUACAAUGUGUUUUCCCAUUGGAGUGCGAAAGUGCAUGGCGUUAGUUUAUAGAGUGAUACUGAGACGGCGAUUGGGAGCUCAGACGCGGAAGUAUAAGCGAUUCGGCAAGAGCAAGCUGAAGGUGAAAUGGAGGCGACGAAGACAGUAAUUUUGUUAUGUGCAAUAUUCCUGGGAUGCUCAGCACAAAGAUUAGACUCCGAACCCACGAACGUGACCGGCAAGAUAUGCGGCGACGUGCACUGCACCAGGCCUGACAGGCUUGAGAGGAUGCUGAAGGACUGCAUGGUCAUCCUGGGCAACCUCAAGAUUGUGAUCAUGGAGCAGGCGCAUAAGGACGACUUCGUGAACAUUAGCUUUCCCAAGCUCAGGGAGGUGACAGGUUACGUGGCGUUCUACAGAGUGAAUGGGCUGGAGUCUAUUGGUCAGCUGUUCCCCAAUCUGACCAGAAUCAGGGGCGAGCAGUUAUUUUACAACUAUGCUUUGAUUAUCUUCGACAUACCAGAUCUUAAAGAGGUUGGCCUAUACAACCUGCUGAAGGUAGACCGGGGAGGGGUCAUCAUUUGGACGGUUCCUCAGGCCUGUUUCAUCAACACCAUCAAUUGGAACCUGAUCGCGCCUCGAACUCGUCACGUGCUGAGUCCAGUCUGGGACAGUCCACAGUGCAACACUGCUUGUUCCUGCACUAGAAACGCGUCCACUAACUAUUGCUGGAAUAUUUUAAAAUGCCAGCGGCUGCCAGAAGAUAUAAAUUCAAAUUGCAAUAAGCAGUGCCUCGGAUGCCGACUUUCAAACCCCAAUGAGUGCACCAUUUGUCGACACUACACAUACAAGAACAGAUGUGUGCCCAAGUGCCCUGCUGGAACAAUAGUACUCCCUCACAACGAUUACUGCAUCACAGAGGAGGAGUGCAAAGAUCUGAGGGGCUGGUCGUGGAACAACACUUGCGUGUUCAACUGCACAGUUGGGUACAAGAUGGAUAUAAGGGACAAAGAGACAGUUUGUGUCCCUUGCGAGAAGUGCGAAGAGACUUGCGGCAGUCUCAACAUACAAACUAUAGAGAGCAUCCAAGAGUCUGGAAGAUGCGUUUAUGUGAAUGGAUCUUUAGUCAUCCGAAUAAGAUCCCAUCCAGAGGCAAUGGAAGAAUUGAGAACGUACUUGAGUCGGAUACAAGAAGUUUCAGACUUUAUCAUCGUUUACGGUUCAUUAAAAAUCACCUCUUUAGAUUUUCUGUCUUCGUUAAAAAGAAUUGGAGGUCGUAACCUAAAAAAUGGAACACAUAGCCUCAUAAUAUACGACAUGACUAACCUCCAGACUUUGUUUACUGAAAACGUCACUAAUACACUGCAAGUUGAAAAGGGGUCUUUGUAUAUUUAUAACAACCCAAUGCUGUGCGUGAAUGAGAUUGACAAAAUAAAAAGUCGGUUUCCUGAUAAGCCAGGCCCUUUAGACAUUCCCAGUGGUACAAACGGAUACAGUGGGGGUUGCGCAAAUGCAUCAAUUGGAUUACAAUUGAACGUUAUUAAUGAAACGUCAAUCUCUGUCGACUUCACGCACGUCGCAAAUCCUCAAGCUCAUUAUUCCAUUCUCUACAUACACCUACCACAAGGUUCUCGAAAGGUAUUCGUACCUGAAACAUGUAGCGAUUCAGAAUGGCACGCAUACAAUAUCCCCCAUGAUUUGGAUAGUAACACGAACGUUGUACUGCGUAAUUUACGACCAGCGUCUACUUAUGCAUUAUGUAUAGAAAAAUAUGACCCGAAAACUAAGAUACUGGCUCGCAGUGAUAUUUUUAAUUUCACUACACCUGUUGGAAAACCAGAGCCACCUUUCAUUUUAGAAUUGGUUGCUUCGUCUUCUGACGUUGUUGUGGUGCGCUGGGUUGACCACAAAGUUUAUAGGUCACAUAUCAAGCGAUACGAAUUGGACGUCACUCUUAUCGAAAUUUAUCCAAAGGACGUAAGUGCAAGAGAUCAUUGCAAAAAGAAAAGAGAUAGUUUGAGAAUAGAAGAAGAGAUUGAUUAUUUUCGUCACGCUGUUGUUAUGCGUCCACCUCCAGAUUAUGACAGGGGAUGUGAGUCCAUGUGUGGAGUUCUAUCAACGGUGACAGCUGGAGCGAUGGUCGAGGAGUACUUUGACGUCUGUAGCAGCAUCGAGGACGGUUGUAAUAACCUUGAGGUAGAUCCACCUAAAAAUUCUUCUUUCGGAAAUUUUGUUCGGACUUUAACAUUGAAUAUAAGCGGGCCAAGAAACGAUUUUCAAAUUGCGGGUCUAGCUCCCUUCAGGGACUACAAGUUUAGAUUAAGAGCUUGUUCUGCUGAUAAGUGCAGUCGAUAUGCCAGAGGUGUGGUAAGGACUCUGCGGUCUGAAUACGCAGAUAAGCCUGUUAUUAAUUACGUCACUGCUUCAGAAUCAGGGGAGAUUCGUGUCGAGUGGGAUCCUCCUAAAGUUACCAACGGACCGGUCUUAGCUUACACUGUGAAGGUGCUACCUUCAGUUAAGUAUGAUGAGCCUGGGCAUCUUCAGUCACAAACUUGGUGCCUAUCUGGCGAUAAAAGACAUUUUGUCGUUAAGUAUAUCAAAGCCAAAAAGUAUUUGAUAAGUGUUUGCUCUACAACAUUAGCUUCUAGAAGUGUUUGUAGCGAUAGAAAAAGAGUAAUUAUGACAACUAAUUUGGAACUACGUUGGUGUUGGACUGGCGUUAUUAUUGGUAUUUUAAUAUACAUCUCCACUUUAGUUGUUGGAAUUUUAUGGAAGAAACAAAACGAUUACUCUUAUGAGAUGCCUCUAUUAGAAAAUAUGGUCAUAGCUGAUAGUGAACCGCCUAGUACAAUGAUGUCAGAUUUCAUGCCAGUGUAUACGAUACCACUGCGUGAUACGCGGUUAGACUAAGGUUAAGUUUUUAACAAUAAUAUAACUUGCCAAAAUUGAUAUUGUGAUACUAAU